AUGCUUGGACCUUCCUUCACGCAGACGCUUCACGCAGACGCCGGAAUCCGGACUGACCUUCCUUUUUUCUCGAGAUGUGGACGGGUCCAUCAGACCCUCCGUCCACACCAGGCCAAGGAGGAUGAGAUCCGAGAGUGGUUGGGCCCUGCUGGAGACAUCAAAGGCCUUCGACUGAAUCGGGACAAGGCGACCACAAAGGCAUUGGGCUAUGGCCAUGUACAGUUUGCCAACCCCGAAGCUGCCAGUGCUGCUGUGCAGCAGUGCGACAAGAUCGAGCUCCACGGACGGGUCAUGCGCGUGGCGCCCAUCUCCAGCGAGAAGUUCCAAUUCGAGCUCCCAAGCGACAUCAAGGAGGACCUUCGAAAUCUUCUCCAGGAGGCCUAUGAGGGCAAGAACAUCAGUACCAUCAAGGACGCCUGGCAGAAGCGGCAUCCAGGGACGAAGCUGAAUACCACCAAGUGGGGCUUCAAGAACUUCUCAACGGCCUUGAAGACGCUGGAAGGAGUGGUGUUGGAACAUCACCUUGAGAAGACGCUGACCUACCUCGCCUUUUUCCAAGACUCGGAGAAGCACCAGGAGUUCUUGCAGGCCAAAGCUCGGAAGGGACCAGCUGACCGUGCACCCACGGUGGGAGAGGCGAAGCGCGCCCAGGCUGAGGCCGACCUGGUUCCGAAGAAGGAGAACGGAUCGGCGCAAGUAAAGGACCAAGAGGCUUCGAUGUAG